UCAGUUUAAUGAAAUCAUACCUAUUAUUAUUAUUAUUAUUAUUAUUAUUAUUAAAGAACCUUGUGGAAAGUUACAUAUAGAUUUCGAGGAGGAUCAGAUGCACCACGCAAACAUGGCUCACCUCCACAAGCUCCCUGUACUCAAAUAAAUACAGAAGAAGACUCUGGGCACUUGGAAAGGAAGCUAUCGACGGGUGCAGGAUAUUUCUGACGCGUAUUCCGAGAUUUAGCUAGCUAGCUAUCAAGGUUGCUAGCAUACGCCAGAGAAUACUGAGACGCGCCACAACGUUAGCUGACCAGCCUAGUUAGCGGCUAGCGAUGUCUUUCCGUCGCCAGAAUCAACAGUCUGGACCAAGUGGCCGCAAGACGUCUAACGGACCUUCUGGAUCGUCAGGCAUGUCACCGACAGUUCCUGGGAGUAACACUACCAGGCCAACCCCAGGAAGGAACAGAAACUCUGUAAAGCCUCCCUCACAGUCUCCUCCUGUGUUUGAGGGAGUUUACAAUAACUCCCGAAUGCUCCAUUUUCUCACAGCUGUAGUGGGUUCUAGGUGUGAUGUGCGGGUGAAGAAUGGCAGUGUUUACGAGGGGAUCUUCAAGACACUAAGUUCAAGAUGUGAGCUGGCAGUGGAUGCUGUGCACAAACUAAGACCCGAGGACGGGGAUGGCUGUGGAGGUGGUACGUCCGCACACCCCAGGAGAGAGGAGAUCACAGACACCAUGAUCUUUAGCCCCAGUGACUUGAUCACCAUGACCUGCAGAGAUGUGGAUCUCAACUAUGCUACACGAGACACCUUUACAGACUCUGCAAUCAGCUCGUCUAGAGUAAAUGGUGAUCACAGAGAGAAGGUGCUACAGAGGUGGGAUGGUGGAGACAGCAAUGGAGAGAACUAUGAUCUAGAUACGGACGCAUCUAAUGGUUGGGAUGCCAGUGAGAUGUUCCGCUUCAAUGAAGAAACAUAUGGCGUGAAGUCCACCUAUGACUCGAGCCUCUCAAUGUACACGGUUCCCUUAGAGCGUGGUAGCUCUGAGGGUUUUCGGCAGCGAGAGGCACGAGCUGCCAGACUGGCCAGUGAGAUUGAGUCCAGCGCUCAAUAUCGCCACAGAGUGGCACUGGAAAAUGAUGAAGGGAGGAGUGAAGAGGACAAAUUCAGUGCCGUGGUGCGGGAUGGAGGAGAGCGAGAGAGGGGGAGAGACAGUCCCGGCUUCUCCAGCUCUGGGAGCCGUGAGGGCAAAUACAUUCCCUUACCUCAAAGAGCAAGAGAACGAGAAAUUGGUGCAUCCAGAGGUGACAGAGAACGAGGAGGACCCUCCUCCUCUCUUCCUAAUCGAACAAACAGACCUGCCCCCUCAAGCUCAUCCCCCAGGCCACCUCUUCCCUCUGGAAGCGGUCAACCCACACCACCUUCUGAUAGGAACAGUCCUUUGUCGAUCAGAGGUGGAUAUUCCCCUCACCAAGCACAGUGCAGCCCACCUGCUCAGUCUCGGUCUUUAGAGGGAGGCCAUGCCAAUCCUACUGCCCCACACACGCUACCCCAUUCUCUUUCACACCCUCAGUCUCUAUCUGAGUCUGCAAGACCUGUUAAUGGAGUGUCCUCUAGAACAUCUCCCAAAUCUCAAAGGCCUGCACAACCCAGAACGUUGCGCACGUCCAACUCUCACUCUUCACCUACAGUCUCGCAUUCCCCCAAACCUGAUGCACCCAACCAGGAUCCCCCUUUGACUGCUUCUACCUACCCAGAUACCUCUUCAGUUACCAUGGUGACCCCAAAGCCCUCUGGCCUCACCCCACUCUUCCCUGUAGAUGUUGUCUCUCCCUUUCUGUGUUCUGUUCAUUUAUUUUCAUUUUUUCUUUUCGUUCAACUUUUUGUGUCAGUGAAUGAGAUUUUAUCCAAGGAGAGGACAGAGAGCCCUGUCAGUCCUCAGGAAGGCAAGGGCAGUAAAGCUGCCUCUCUUCAGCAAAGGUCACAGAUAGAGGAACUUCGCAAGUUUGGGAAGGAAUUCCGACUUCACUCUAGCUCCUCACCUUCCAGCCCUAGCACUUCAGCCACACCUGGAGAUCCUGCUCAGCCAAGCCCUACCCAAAGCACGCAAACCGAUUCAAACCCCUCCACAGAGCCCAAAACGCUAUUGCCUACAACCCCAACACAGGAGCUUCUGUCUGCUGAAGCAGGCAAAGAAACGAGUGCUGAGUGUCCAACUGCAGCCACCCCACCAUCUCUCACACCUACCGUCACACCCUCUGCCACACCUGGUGGAGUUUCUCAGUCCUCUGGUACAGAUGGACAAACGGUAGUGCAGCCUCAACUGGCGAGGACACCAGGCAGGGAGGACAGCAGACCAGAUGCUGUGGACAGAGUGGAGGGUGUAGCUGAUCAAGUGAAGAAGUCUACACUAAAUCCCAAUGCCAAAGAGUUCAAUCCUGCCAAGGCACCUCUCACUAUGGUGAAGCCUUCUGCAGCCCCGACAAACCCACGGCCCACACCUCCAAGCCCUUCAGUGGUGCUCCAGCCUCCUGCAGGGCAAGGAGCCAUCUACAGCCCUCAGUACCUGAGCUAUGUCUCAACAAUACCCUUACAGGGCCAUGCUGUGCAGGCCCCUCAGAUGUACCAGUAUGCCGUGUCUACCGUGAGCCAAGGAAAGUACCCCAGAGCUGCCAAAGGCUCUGUGGUUGCCUCUCGUCCAGACCACAACAACUCUGCACCUCCUAUGCUGCAGGCAGCAGCAUCAGCCGCAGGUCCUCCUCUUGUAGCUUCUCCUUAUCCUCAGUCUUACCUGCAGUAUGGCCAGGUCAUCCCUGCCAUGCCACACUAUCCUGGACAGCCGGUGUAUUCCAUGCUACAAGGUGGACGCAUGCUGAGUUCAGGGGGUCACCCUCAGACUCUUGGACCUCCUGGUCCUCAAUACCCUGGCCAGAAUGAGGGACCCCCAGGAGCCCAGCAGGGCAUGUACGCCCCCCAGUCAUUCUCUCAUCACUCAGGCUCCAUGCAUCCUCCACAGCCCUCCACCACUCCCACCGGCAGCCAGCCACCCCCUCAACACCCUGCUCCCAGCCCAGGACAGUCCGGUCAAUCAGGUCCACAGCCGCAGACUUUGUAUCAUUCAGCUCCCCUCUCUGCUCCCACUCCCCCCAACCUGCCUCCAGGCCACAGCUCUCCCCAGGCCUCAUACCCUAUCCAGGGCUACAGUCUGCCAGGACACCAGCCUUUACCCCACCACUACCAGUCCAUUGGCCAGCUCACACAGGCUCAUGUCUCAGGAGCACUCUCGGGUCCUCAUCACUCUGGCGGUCAUGGGCCUCCUCCGAUGAUGCUGCUUCAUGCUGCUCCUCCUCCUCAGCAGGGCCCCGGUUCUGGGCCUGGCCCCCAGCACCCCACACAUGCACCACCACCCCAACAAGGGACUCAUCAGCACUACACCUACCUUGGGCACCCAUCAGCUGUGCAGGUGCAGCCCCACCCUUCCCAACAGCUGCCCUUCCACCCUCCUGGAAACUGAGUCGAAUCAGGCAUCAGGCUUCAUCUGCCCCUGAUACUUGGAGUGAGAGUUCCUCUUACUGAUCCUGGACCACACUAACACAAGCGCUCAUGCUUAUAGACACACACACACACAUACACACACACACACCCACACACCAUAAACUUCUUUCCCUCUGCUCCAGAAAAAGACUUUUUGUUUUUAUUCUUAAUCAUUGGAAGGACUUUCCUUUUUUGUUUAAGCAGUAAGGACGGGCAACACAACGCGUGUCUAAAAUGGAGGGAAUGAGUGAACGAGUGAGAAUGACCAAGUGAGCAUGAUGGAAUGAGAUGUUUUAUAAAAAAAAAAAAUAUUUCUCCCUUCCUCCUCAACCCCUAAUUAAAUAAAUAAUAAAAUUACUAU